UAAUUUUGGGCCGACAAACUUGAGGCCGACAGGGAAGGGCACGAGUUUGUUAUUGUGGAAGCUUCUCGAUCGCUGCGCUUGUCAUCGAGAAAGUCCUUUUUCAAAACCUAUAUUUCUUCUCUCGAUCGGCAAAUUUUCCGAUUCUCAAAGGCAUUAAAGAAUAGGUUUGGGUUGAACAGGAAGGACCGCCAUUUCUACGCGAUGGAGAGGAGACGUGACGAUGCUGGAAGGCAACCACAAUUUACCGAGUCUCAGUACGAGAUUCCUUCAUGGCAAACACCCUGGAGCAAGCCAUGGUAUCAAAGAACAGAUGGUUCGAGCAGUGAAAACGGAAAACCAAGAACAUUCAAAUAUAAUUCGCGAGGUCACUUGGUCGAUUGUAAUUGUAGUAUCUGUGAAGAAGACUUAGAAAAAGCCUUUUCUCCACAAUCAAAUACAAACCAAAAAACUUUAUUUGAUAUCCCUAAAGAUAGGCGCAAUGAAAUUAAGAUACAGCAACUAGAAGACGAGGAAAAUGGCGCCAGUGGAGAAGGAUCGGCCUUCACCAGUCGACCSCAGAAUUCAAACGGUUCGAAUUUCGGUGCGUCUGGGAUCAAUUCUGACGCUCCAAAACGUGUGUACAUGUUUUCUGAUUUAGCUGAAGUUACUCAAACAACGACAUCUAAUGGAAGGAAUUCUGAACCUAGGUCAUCUAGUGCGUCAAUAAGUGGUCAACGAGACCGUGGCCCAACGUCUAAUGGUAAUAGUACAACUACAAGCAGUAGUGGAAGUAACCAUGACUCGAUGAUGGAAGGUUUUGGAAAACUCACUGCUAUCCAAGCUAUUUCUGCUCAAAACAGUGAUAUCCAAGAAAGAGUUCGAAACUACCGAGGGACAUCUCGUACUCAAGAUUACAGGGCUAUGAAAGAGUUGCUGGAAUAUUUACUAAGAGAAUUGAAUAGAAUAAACUCUCCAGUGGAAUGGAUUGCAACAACUAAAGCUAUUGCUUUAGAAGGAAUCCAAAAAACUUUGCACACACUUGAACAAAAAGUAAAAGAGGCUGAAUCCUAACGGAAGAUAUAUUUAUGUUUUUCAUAAACAAUUUAGCCCAACUUUAGGUAGCCUUGCUAUCAGAAUCUUAUUAAGCAAAUUGUUGUAUUAUAUUAGCAGUUGCUGUAUAGAUUGCCUUUUUGAAAUAAAACUGGAUCCAUAAAGCUUUUAUUCUAA